AUGCUCAUGGUUGCUGAAACGGUAUCUCUCGGCAUCCUCGCCCUCCCAAGUUCGCUUGCUGCUCUAGGUCUCAUUCUGGGCAUCCUUCUUCUCGUCUUUUUCGGUGCCCUUGCGACCUACACGGGCUUUGUCAUCGGCCAGGUCCGCCUACGCCACGAGCACAUCCAUUCCAUGGCGGAUGCAGGAGCCCUGCUGUUUGGGCGCAUCGGCAAAGAGAUGGUCAUGGCAGGCCAGAUAGUUUUCGUGGUCUUCAUCAUGGGAGCUCAUCUGAUCUCCUUCGGAGUCGCCUUGGAUGCUCUCAUUGGCCCCAGUCACACCAUCUGCGGCGUGGUCCUCCUUUUCGCGGGAUUCCUCCUCUCAUUCAUUCUCACCAUUCCUCGAACCCUGCGACACAUGUCGUACCAGAGUAUCGCCUCGUUCCUCUCCAUCAUCGCUGCCGUCGUCACGACAAUGAUCGCGGUUGGCAUUCAACGUCCCAGCGCCUCUCCUUCUGGUGCUUUACAAGUUCGCCUCUGGCCGCGUGAAGAUGUCUCCUUUGCUCAAGCCUUCAACGCGGUCUGCAACAUCGUGUUCGCAUACGCUGCGCAUGUAGCCUUCUUCACCUUCAUCUCCGAGCUCAAGGACCCUCGUGAGUUCCCCAAAGCAUUGGCCUUCCUUCAGAUCUCCGAUACGAGUAUGUACAUGGUCACUGCCGUUGUCGUCUACAUCUUCGCCGGUGAUGGCGUUGCCAAUCCAGCCCUCAACAGCGCAAGCGAUCACUGGCGCCGCGUUGCUUUUGGAGUAGCACUGCCAACGAUAGUGAUCGCAGGCGUGAUCAAUGGCCAUAUCGUUGUCAAGUGGAUGUACGUGCGUCUGCUACGGGACAGCAAAGAGGACGUCAUGCACCAGAAGACCCUCAAGGCCAGAGGUAUUUGGAUCGGGCUCGCCUUCGUCUUCUGGCUCGUCGCAUGGCUGAUUUCGGAAGUCAUCCCCAUCUUUGGAGAUCUUAUCGGCUUGACGGGCGCCUUGUUCGGGAGCUGGUUCACGUUUGGACUGCAGGGCAUGCUUUGGCUGAUGAUGAACUACGAGACGGACCCGAAGAGCUGGCGCGGGGUGGGAUUCCGAAAGAGAGGCGGGUGGACCUGGGGUUGGCGGAAGGGCUUCUUGACGGUUUUGAACGUUUGCAAUGUUCUUAUGGGAGCGGCCAUUUUUGUGGUUGGCACGACGAGCAGCAGCAUGAUCAUCCGAGAGCAUGCGAAAGUUGCAGGACGGCCAUUUAACUGUAAGAUUGGCUGA